AUGGCCAGUAGCGACUUCGACAUCAAUUUGUUUCUUAAGUUUCUCUUUUCUGCUGUGUUUCUCUCUGUGUGUUGCUUCUCCCUCAUGCUGUACGUUGACAAGAUGGUGGCCCUCUGGCUGGUGUUCAUGCUGCGCUUCCUGGUGUUGCCGCGUAAUAUUCGGCUGAGCUUCUCCGGGCUUCAUUUUGCACCUCUGCAGGCCCGCGUGUUGUUCCAUGGGUUCAGCUUGCAGACGGAGAACUUAUCGCUGCGCAUCGUUGAUGGCUACUUUACCUUUGCCUUCUGGGGCUUCUGGUUUCGCGAUCCGCGGUGGUGUCGGCUACACGAGUACAUGAUCGGCGAGAACCUUGUUGGCACUCGCUGCCGCGUGCAGCACCAUCUACACUACGCCAAAGGCACUAUCGUCGCCGUCGACGUAGAGAAGAAACAGGUGUCGGUGCAGCUUGAUGAGCACAACACAGACGGCAGCAGUCUGGACGAAGACAAGGACACGGAGGAGGGGGAGGAUAAUGGCCCCGUCGAGCCGCCAUCCUAUCCGUCAGGCGGCGCGCCAGCAAACCCGCGGCGCACCUCUGCCCUAGGUGAGACCCCGUCGUUUCUGAACUCGCCUCCGUCCCAGCAUGUGCGUAGCGCUAGCAGCACCCCCUCCACACCGGUGGGGCAGCGGCGCACGCGAUGGAAAGAGUUUGGGGCUUCUCCGGUGACCACACCCCUGUCCCCGCAGCACACUUGUAUCGAGUCGAACAUGCAUGCGGGGGGUCUCGAUGAUGAGGUGGUGAAGGCAGUGGAUGCCAAGUACGUGUAUAUCCGCAGCCGGGCGGGCUUGCUGCAGCUGCACUUGAAUGGCGUCCGACUGUGUCUCUAUAACGCAACAGGCAAGUACCUUGACCUGGCAAGGGCCGCCGCCGCCGACGCCGCCGGCGAACCUGCAUUCGAGUCAAGUACCCGCCAUCAUCGCACGAUGAGCAACGAGAGCAGCAACGAGGCAGACCUGAGGGGUAGCGUUGGGUCCGCGUCGUCGGGGAAUGGGGAGGGCAGGAGGAAAAGAGGACUCGCAGAGAUGCUGCAGGCAAUAGGUAAUUACGUGCUCUCUCACGAGAAGGCCGACCUCGACGCGCAUGGGCGGAGCGACGACCAGGAGUCCUCCGAAAUUCGAGCGGCGCGGAAGCUGCAGGAGCAUAAUAUUCUCACGACCAGCUUUGCGCAGAAGUUCUUCAGUUUUAUUGGGUGUGUUGAGAUCGAGAUUUGCGCCGCGCAGCUCGACAUUGGCGGCGUCGCCUCGUCGCAUCCGUACUUCCUGCACUUCACCUUCCAGCAGGGCGAGGGACGCGUCUUCUUGACGAAGGACAGCUGCCCCGCCCUGGACCUCUACCGCUCUGUCGUUGAGCUGACGCUGCGCGAGGUGGACAUACGGAUGGCGCAGAUGGACAGCAAACUGAGCAAGACGCAAGUGAUGCGGAACGCAACGCUGCUCGAGCGGGCGCGCCUGCUGGUGUCUGGGGUGGCGACACCGUACGAGCACACGCCCUUCGAAACCCCCGUUUCGUCUGAGCUGAUCGACGAGUACGGCAUCUUCAUGAACGGCAAGAACAAGGGCACGGUGCACCUUGUCUUCUACAAGGAUGCCCCGAACGUGUACGCAGGUGAGGUAGUGCGCCGCGGUGCACUGCCGAUCACCGGGGUGGAGGUGCUCAUCGAUGCCCCCGUGCUUCGCUACGGCCCCUGGCUGGAGUAUUGCCGCGCGCAGCUGUGGGAGUACUUCCUACCACGCAAUUACCUGCCCUUGGAGGAGUUGAAGUUUGAGGUGGGCAAGCCGCGGCCGAACGCCGGCUUUGAGGUGCUCGUCAUGUUCCUGCGCGCCACGACUGUUGAAAUCCCUUUUAAGCGGCGCAGCAUCGUACCGUUGCCACCCUUCGGCAUUCGAGACUCGAAGCGCAAGGGCAUGAUAGUGGCGACGAUAGGUGAGGGUGCUCAGUAUAUCCAGCCAGCCUUCUUCCUGCUUCCAAAGGACGAGAAGCGGGUGUUUGAAGGCCUUUUCAUCGCCAAGAAUGUCACUGUCUGGGCGAACUGCGUUCUGGAGAGGGACGCAGUUUUGUGCACUGCCAAAUCGCUGCAGUUAUUCUUCGACCGCCAGGAUGACCGACUCUGGAACGGGCGCAAGCUGUGGAACAUCCUAGUGAAGCUAUCGGGGGCGAAGCUGUACUGGUACAUGGUGUACGUUGACUACUUCCUCGACUUGCUCAAUGACUGGCAGUUCUCGGCGAGCAUGUACCACGGUGUGCCGCUCACAACGGAUAUAUUCAACACGGUGAACCGCGCCGUGCGAGAUUGCAUUCCGAACGUGAAGCGCUUUGAGGUCUUUGUCGAGUCGGUAGCGACCGUUCACCUCAACGUUAACACACAUAACGUGGUCUACGCCGACGAUCCGAACGACCUCGCUCAUAACAUAAUGGCGAUUCUGAAAAUGCAGUCCGGGUGCUUCAACAUCGUGCUCCCGAGUGAUCAGUACCAGUUGAGUUUCGAGAAUGAGUCGGCGCGGCCGAUGGAGGCCUCGGCGUGCGAGGUGGAGGCGUACCUGAGUCUCCCAGGAAGCCACCCUCUCUGUGAUCAGGUGGGCAGCGAAGCUCCCUGGGCGUAUGCGGAGACGUUCAACAUGCAAGGACUCUUCACAAUGCAGGUGCCAAAUCAGUCGAUCCCGCAGCCGCGUAACAACCUUGACCCCACCACCGGCCGCACGCGCAAUCACAACUUCCUCAACCUCGACGUCGAGUUCACGAACCUGCGCGGCACCCUCAUGGGGGCCCACGUUAAGGCACUAGUUAACUGCUUCCAGAAUCUUUUCCUCGACAACACCUUCACUAUCGCACCUGAUGAGCUGUUUUGGCUGCUGGCGAAGCUGCAGUCGCACGCCGCGACGGGGAAGAACAAGCGGAAGGCGUUUAAGGAGUUCCUGGAGCUGAGCCAGCCGGCUCGUAACGACAUGGAGGUUUGCGUGACGGUUCGACUCGUCGACGUCAGUGCUACGGCCACGACGAGCCGGGUGGCAGGUGCGCCGCAGGUCAACCUCUCCACAGGGCUUAUCACCUUCACGUAUGUAAAACAGUUUUCUGUGACCGAUACAGGCGUCUCGCUCUCCCCUCUGACGGUACGCAUUCCGGACCGCCGCGGUAAAUUCCCACGAAACACCGAGUCGAUCAUCGUGAUUGGCGCCACCACGGUGGGUAUCACGCGGCACUUUGGACGCAUGCCACUGAAGCCGAAGGUGCACGAGGCGAUGGAAGUUCACGUGGGCGGCGUGUCGCUUGAAGUGGUGGCCGAGCAGCUCAUGAUGCUGGUGGAGAUAGCGCAGACGGCGGCGCGGCACUUCACAACAGAGGAUCUAAUGAUGGAGGCAGAGGUUGCCGAGGCGCUGUCGACGGCGGAGCUGUCAGCGGAGAAGGUUGUCCACUCCAGCCCGCGUCGCAGCACCACGGACAAGCUCAAGAAGGGCAUGCGGCACCGACGCGUUGGACAGAGCAGUGCGCUGAUCGCCGACCAAUCUCCUUCUAUGGCAAAGGAAGGAGCGAUGCGUUUUGGUAGUCCAUUCAGCUUCUCAGUGGAUAACUACGCGGGCAAGUACGAGGACGAUUGCGAGGACAGUGCCGUGGAGAUGCGGGAGUGGCGCACGGAACAGCGCAGCGGGCAACUUCCAGUUUGCCACUCUUUUCCCAGCGACAGGGACGGCGAAGUUGGUAGUGCACACGAUUGGACCGACUCUGGCAGCGCUGUCAUGGUGGAUGCCCAUGGCUCCGCGUGUGAGGAGUCGAUCUCGUCCCCGACAGUGCCAGCUGCCACGGGUGCACGUGCCGGCGAGGCUGAAGUUACUUUUGGCACCAUCAACAGCACUGGAGACGGCGGCGUGCCCAUUUUGCACUCCUACGAAUCGGACAGCGGACAUUCGUCAUCGAGGAAGCGCAGGCGAGGUCGGAGACGCCUUCGCAGUCUCUUCGGAGGCCUCAUCCCCACCACCACCGAUGACUCCGACGACGACCGCGGUGACGAACGUUGGCGUCCCUUUUCGUCGCAGGUGGCGUACGAUGUUGCGCUGAGAUUUGCCAAGUUCAGGGAGGAGUGCAACAAGGCGGACGACGACUCGCGCGACUACGGACUGUUUUUUCUCCUCGUUAAUGUGGAGACGGUAAGAGGGGUCGUGCGUAUCGGCGAGGACGGCUACGCGUCUGUGGAGUUGCCGCUUGGCGUGAGAGCGACGCAGUCGACACUGAACGACGGCAACUCAAACAAGCGGAUGAGCAUAGCGGUGAAGGACUUGGGUGUGCAGCUCCUGUUGGACCGCACUAGUGAGAUGGCGCAGACGUAUCUUCCCUCGCUGCGAGGCGACACCUCCACUGGCAAGUACCUGGAAGUGCUGUCGCUGCGCACAUCGGUGUGCAUGAGGCAGUACGUCGCGUACCCCUUCGACAACAGCCUGGCGAACCAUCGACGGCGGCAACAGCAGUUCGUGGAGGAGAAUGACUACGAGCAUCUUAUCAGCUUUCCCUUCAACAAGGCUUCGACGCAGUGCCCGGAGACACCAAAGUGGGCUUCCAGUCCGGAAUCAGCUGCGAUGACUCAAGAUGACUCGAGAGGUGCAGAAGCCCCGAUUCCCGCACCUCAGGCCCAACCUACUGAUGAUGCACCUGUGGUGGAGCCAGCUACGCUGCCUCGUGCGUCGCUGCAGAGCGCCACAGCUACCCCCACCCCCACGAAUGGGCCCAGCACGCCGCCGCAACUGGCGAGCGCGUCGCCGUCAGCCCCACCGACGACUCGCGACUGGAUGCCGUCCAGGCUAUCCUUUUCUUUGGCUCGUGGCAGCGAUGGGGAUGCAGCAGCCACGCCGCCCCUUAUGCGCGGCUUUACCAACAGCACAGAGGAGUUCUCACAGUCAUCGUCGCUGAACUCGCAGAGCACCAUGGUCCACACGCAGCUUGCCGGUGAGGCACACGAUGCAUCACAGCGGCAGAGCACGUUCCCCUCUCUCUCCGCAACUGACCAGGUGAACGAGAAGACUAACCUGGAGGUGAGCAGUCGCUUCGCCACGUGCGUGUCGGUGCCCUCACAGACGUCGUUGUCAGACGUGGAUAGUGCGGACAUCGAUUCGUUCUUCGACGCGUCUUCGUCGGACCCCUCGUCUCAGCGACGCGUUAUGAACAACGCCUUUGCCAGCGACGGGUGCACGACGAGUACCCGUGAGGGGAAAGGUGCUGCGAACAGGAAGAGCGGUGGUGACGGUGGAAUUGGCAUUGGCCUGUUCAGUGAAGCGGCCCCAGGGUCAGGCGACAGCACUUGUGUCAGUGGUGGACGAGGUGGAGUCCGCCCAGACACCAGCAACCCAGUGGCGUCGUCGUGUAUGACCGCCGCACAUUUCUUCUACCGCACUUUCGACAAGGCGGAGGGUGAUGACAACGGCGCCUCUGCAGUCGACUACUGGCUACCGCAGCGGCCACUCAAUGCCCAUAGGGUACGCGAUCACACUCGAUUUCACGCACAGUUACCCAUCGUCGGGUUUUACCUCAAUCCCAACCGCGAGAGCCGCGCUCCACCCUUCUUCUCGUACUCGAAGCGGCAGAUGUUACCACGCGCGGAGGAUCUCUUCGCUUGGGCCCGCUGCACUGCUGACAACAGCGAGCGAUCGAAGAACAGCUCCACGUCGCGCCAUCUACACGUUGCAUUCCUCGACCCACUCACACUUCUGGUGACGCCGGAGGCAGCAAUACUGGCUGGCGCUGCAGCGCAACUCCUACUACACCUGCGCAACUCCCUGAAGAGCCGUCACGUUGACAUUCCGUGCGACUUGUCCACCUUGGAGGGCUCGGGGGCCGCGCCGAGAGGGACCACCAAGCCGCUGCUGCUGCGGCCGCGCACGAAGAAGAGCAAAGCACGAAUGCAGCAGAAACGCUGGCUGUGGGAGAGCAACAUUGUGAGUGUCUCAGUCCCCACCAUUGAGCUGAAGGUGCUCACAAGUCUGUCCGUGCCGGAGGAAAACCUGCCGAGCAGGUCGAGUGCGACAGAUGGCGUUUACACAUCCACACUAGCGGUGCGCAACCUCCGCGUUCUGAUGGCGCAGAACCGACCUCCCACCGGGGAGGAGAUGGCGGUUGAGGCAUCGCAGCGGAUGUCGGUGUCGGUGAGGGUGGACACAAUUGCUGCGAUUACGCAGAUCGAGUGGGAGCCGAUGAGGCGAGAAGGCAACCUCGCCGUGAAAGUGCCAGGCUUCUGGUACAAUGCGGACAAGGACACCAUGGCGGUGUUUUUCGUCACCCAAGUUACCGGCAAGGUCAAGCGAGACCUGUGGCGCGGCGCCGACGGUUGCGCGUCGAACAUCACGGCCUCGGAUGUGGCUGCGUACGUGACGCGCGACUUUGUGGACUACUUGCAUGGGCUGAUGCACCUCGUGCAGGGCCUGACCGCCGAUGUUCGGCGGCGCGUGGAUAUCAAUGGGCACUUUUUCAGCGACGUGUUGACGGCGACGACAGUCUUGGACUCGGAUCCGUUGACCGCACCGCGAGAGAGCACAACUUUCGCAGCGUUCGGCGCCUCUGACGUGCUCAGCCGUGCCGCGGUCUCUUCACUGUGUGAGAUUCGCCCGCUGAGAAAGGGACGGGUUGUGCAAGGCAAGGGCUUUGUGUUGCACGUGGCCGUAAUUCUCAUCGACACAGCACGAAUGGGACAACGGAUCGUCGUGAACCAAGCGAGGAUGAGCCGUCUCGACAUCCACAGACCCUUCUGCAGCUUUGUUGUUAUGCCGAACCUCCUGCGCGUCCGAAAUGCGCACAUACAAGCCGUUGGUGAGAUGGACGAGGUGCGUGCGGCUGUGUUUCCCUCGCUUCUGCACGUGCUGCAUCCACGGCCGGUGAGGCGCAACGUAGGCAUCGUGGUCACCCCGGCUGGCUCGCCUAGGUCUCGUUCCCCGGGUACGCUGUCUUUUCAACCGAACUUCGCCACCUCCGUUGGCACGACGGUGUUUCGGCAGUUCUCCGCGCAGACGAGUGCGAUCGUUCACGACUCGAAUCGCACUGAUGUCCCAGAGCCGCAGAGUCGGUCACUGGCGCUCACCUAUGAUGGCACGUUUACUGUCCAUCAACUCGAUCUGCGCGCGCAGCAGUCAGGGACGAAUUACCUUCAGCUGGUGGGGAAGGACCUGACCGGAUGUGCCGAGUCCCGCGCUGAGAGCGUGGCGUCGCGCGAGUGUGUCCAGACGGAGGCAUUGACAGAGACGAUAUCAGAAACGCUGAAGGAACGGCUGCGCUACAAGGCCAACACGGCUCGCGAAAGGGCGAAGCGCAGCCGCUACCCGGCUCCUCCCGAGACAACCGAGCAGCUUCAUCUGCGCUCCACCGCGUCCUUCUUUGCAGAAGAGGUGCAAGUGCACUACGUCGCCGACUGUCUCAUGGAGUCCAUCCCGCACGACUCGGAUAGUUCGCACCACGUUCCGGGCGCGAACCAGAGCUUACAGACUGGCAAAGUCUUCACGGCCGCUGUCACGGACGUUGCCCUCGUCGCGCAGUUUUCGCAGCAGGUCAACCUCCUGGGCGAGCAGGUGAGCCUGCAUAUGAUGGUGCGCAGCAGCGUUUUCCAGUCUCCGCACUGCGUGCGCGCCGCGGAGACGCUUCACCCGCAAGUGCACGCACUGAUCAGCUCAUGGCGGCAGGCACUGGGUGCAGCGAGCCGGACAAUACUCUCUGGGUCUGCUGUGGACAGGCUUGGAAGCGCCAUCAGCCUGCGCCGAGGGAGUGCUAGCAGCAGUGCAGCGGAGCGGGGACUAGCCAAUCCGCGGCAGAGUAGAGCGGUGACCUUCCAGAUCCAGGCGACUAGGAUUACAGGGUUUGUGGGACUACCGCAGGGUAUUGUGCAGAAGUUCCUGCUCCCGCAGAUCUCCUGCUUCACGAAGACAUCGUCGAACGGCCGCGCAGAUUUUAAGUUGCACUUUCACCCCUUCAUCAUCACGCCCCACAACACGCGCUACAGCACGCCACGCGAAAACUACCGCGUCGUACUGCCCCACGUCUACAUCCUCUACGCUCACGACCCCAUCAAGAUGCUCUGCAACGUCACCGUGGGCACCAUCGCCAUCACCAUUACGCCGCUUUUAAUCAACCACAGCCUUCUUACCUACGAGAAGCUGACCCACGAUGUGGCGGCUAUUUUGGCGGCGCCGAAGGUGUACGAUGACGACGAGGAGAGGACAGCGGCGGCACAUCCCUCCUCUCUCAACGCCAUCGAUGCAACGCAGCAGCGCGACAUGUCUAACUCCACGUCAAGCCUGCUCUCCCCAGCUUGUGCGCCUGGUGGCGGCGGGGGCAGCUGCAGCACAGGCCGCGGCUCUGUGUCACCGACAGAUAUCAACCUAUCGUUAGAGAGCACAACAGCGGGCAAGGGCAACCGUCGAGGGCAGCAACAUCGUGACAUACAGUCUCCCAGUAACUCCAAUGAGGGCCUUGGUACUGCCGAAGCUGUAGCGACGGCAGCGACAGUUGCGCCUUGGCCUGCGACGCGAAAGCGCCGACAGAGCUUUCUGUUCCUGUUGCAGGGGGUUCGUCUCUCCUACCUGACCUCCAUGACGACGCUGCGCUUUACGAUCCGCAGCUUGAACGCGACGGCUGACACGACGGGGGGUGACACCCGGCACACGCUACAUUGGGUAGUGCACGUCGCAAAUGCCCAGACAGCGCUCGUCGACCGCGACGAUCACAACCAGAUGCUCGCGACGUACAACAGCCUGUCACAGUAUGGACGGCUGUCAAGCCGAGAAAUCCGCAGCAGCGGCGCUGCGUACGCCAGCUCACCCGCGUCUUCGAGCGGACGUUCCACCGACGCAGCCGAUGCCAUGAAGGCGGCGCAUCCCCUCAGCGGCUUCUUGUGGGGCUCCAUCGCUCUUUCCUUCACGCUGUCCAGCGGCAAGGUGGACGAGAACCGUGUGAGGACUGCCCUCCAGAAGAGCACCUCUCUUAGCACAUACAGUGAAGAGAUGCAGAAGGCGCUUCUGGACUCUCUCAUCACCUCCACCUCCAAGUGGGAGCUGGCGGUGUUCGAGCCGUUAGUGCUGGUACGCUUCGGACUCGAUGCACUCAUCAAGCAGUGUGUUAGCGAAACAGAGGAGGACAUACGAGUCAUGAAGGACGCGACGUACCAGGCAGACCUCAACGCCAGCAUGGGGUUGCGCCAGCACAAGCGCUUCCAGAGGCUGCAGGAGGAGAAGAAGCGCAUCGACGGCUUUAUAGAGAGAGCGGAGAAGGAGCGAAAUCAGAAGCUCCGCAGCAUGACAGAGCGCGUCGUGCACGAUGUAGCGCAUCGGCGCGGCGUGUCUCUCAGAGAAGCGAACCGACACGACGUCUUGCUAGACUUCUUCAACAUUCAACGCUCACACAAGGUGGUGGCGUCGGUGAGCAACUUCAUGGCAGUGCUUCCCUUCGGCGACGCCGCGUACCGCAGCAUCCUGGAGGAGCUACCAGGGACCUUUACGUGUGUCAAAGCCGAUCGGCAUAUACACACGGCGUCGUGCCUGAACCGGCGCAAAUUCAUUCCGUCCUUCGCAUUCAAGAUGAAGAUGGACGACGUCUCCUUUAUUUGCCACGUGGAGGCGGUGAAGCACAUCGUCCCGGUGCUGGUCGGCGAACCGAGCCAUCCUUUGACCAAAGACACCUCAUUUGUGAAGACUGGCGCGGCGGAGCAUGGCUACACCACUUCGCUCCUUUUCCACGGCCGCUUGCUUGCCUUGAACAGUCGUCUGUACUUCUCGGACGGGUCGCCGCUGGACAAGUCCACCACAUUGCCGGAGCUGCUGCGCGAUACUCCGAUUCUUGGUGGACAGGGCGUGCUCACGAGCUACGCCGCCGAGGAGCACCAGCGCUCACUCAACAGUAUCUCCAUCGCCUCCGUCGAGGCGCCGCUGCGCAUUGAAAAGAAAAACAACACGAUGCACGUCGGGGUCGUCGUGGACAUUUCGGAGCCAAAGACGUGCGUGUCGUCGCGCAUACUCAGCAUUGUGCACGAACUGUCGCAAGAGCAGGCGACGUCGCCACUGCAGGCGCACGUGCGCGCACGCCGUCGUGGCCAGACGCCGUCGACACAGCCACAGUUUUCACGUAGCACUGACGGAAGCGCCAGCCCGAUCGUUCGAGGAAUCAAUAGAGAUUUUCGUGAUACCAGCAGAGGAGCUCCGGCGGCGGCCGCGCACGCAGUGCCGAAGGAGUCGAUCUCGCUACAUCUCGACGUCACCAGUCGGCUGGAUGCCAGCGAGUUGGCGGUCUUCUGUUACUCGAACCCAGAGAAGUGGUGCGCGCAGAACUACACCACAACUGCCGGUGCCACGGGCGGCGGCGGUGGCCACGCCCACGCAGGCUCGCGCUCGCUUCUGACCUCCUCAGUGCCGGUUGCGCGUCGCGGUGUCAAAUUUCUGACGCCACCUUCACAGGAUAAUUGCGUGCAGACGGCGGGGGAUGCGCGGGGAGCUGCCAAUACAACUACCCGCGGUGCCAGUGCGAGCCCAAGAAGCCAGAACCCUUUUCACAGCGAGAGCAGCGGCGGCAUUGACUUCAACUCAGGCGAGCGGUUCCUCAUCAUGUCCAUUCCGCUACCGGGCGUGACCUUGCGAGCCGUCAUGCGGCAUGGAAGACGUGAAGCUUCUGAUGAUGCGGACGUGGUGCGAGUGGAGGUGCGGGCCGGGGCAAUUGAGCUGAGCCCGUCCAUCACAGCGCUGGCACAGGAGGUGGAGAUGUGCGCCGACACCGACGAGCAGAACCGUGUGGCGCGCAAGCAAAAGAUCCUCUCGUUUGUGCAAAGCAUGGAGGCGGAGGUGCCGCAGCUGCGCGUGCCGCUGCACUGCCUUUUAGUAGAGGUGCUCGUGCCAGUGCCGCGAGCAUACGAGUCGGUGCUGUCGCGGGCGCGUAUGCGGCGUGCCGACGCUGCUACGCGCUCGCGGCCGGCGCUCAGAAGCACCAGCAGCAGCGGCGGCGCCGGAGCACGGAGUCUUUUCGACAGCAAUGUCGCGGACGUGGUACAGCGCAAGUCACGCGGCAUAAUUGCGGUGCAUGUUAGCAUCAGUGACUUCCGCCUUAUCUUCAACUCGGAACCGGUAGCUUCCACUCACUUCAUGCUCUAUCUUGAUGACCAUGGCACGAUCAACUUCUUCUUCAAGUACUUCGAGCGUCCCGACGCGAAUGAGCGCUUCGUUAAAAAGUUCCCAGACGCCUCCCUGGUCGUAGCAAUGCGCGGUGUUCGGGCGGAGUGCCAGACAAAGCUCGAAGUGAAGUCGCUCGAAGUGACGCUGCCAGAGGCGGAGCUCACUAUCAGCCGUCGCAGUGGCCGCAUCGGCGUUGUGGACACCGCCGCUAUCUACUUCCCCUUCAAUGUCGAGGACAGCGAGCCGAAUCUGACGGCCCGGCUGCAGCACAUGUCGCAGCUAUUUUUGGUUGUCGAGUUGUGGUCUACCACACUGUCAGAGACACUGAAGACGGCGCGUCACCUCUUUCACCGAGGCGCGGCAGGUAAAGAGAUCUCCAAGCGGGUUGCAGCUACACCAUUCAGUCGUCAGGUGGCCAAGAGUACGACGCUGAUGCGGGACACGUUGAUACCCACCGACCGCCGUACCCUCUUCUACCUCGGGCUCUCCCGCGCGGUGUGCUUCUUUGACCUGGGCUCUGGCAGCACACACAGCUUCACUAUCGGCGCGGCUAACGUGGUGGCGGAGAAUGCCAAGCACGCCAAAGGCUGCUCUGUGAGCCUGCUGCUCGGCUGCAUCUCGAACAUGUGCAUCCGCUCGGAGGGCGUCUUGUCGGGUGGAGUGAUGAUCGGCAGCGUCAUGACCAAGGCCUUUUUUAUCCAGAACGCCGACGGUGCGGAGGUGUUCUUGCGGUCGCCUGAGCAGCGGACCUUCCGGGAGGCGCUGCUGCUGCAGCAGGUGCACGUGAACUUCAAGGAGCGGCAGCUGAAAGACGUCUUUGAGUGUAAGGUGGGAUGCUUUCAGGGCAACUCUAUGGACGGCAUUGGCGAGGAGGAGUAUACGACAACCGACGUCGAUGUGUUGCUGGAGCGUGGUACCCUUGGGUUGACGCCGAGCACCGUUCCGGCCUUUCUAAGCUUCGUGCGGAAUAUCAGCGCCAUCGUCGCGGAGCAACGGCGCCUCGCAGCGACCCGAAUGAAGAGAAUGCCGGUGCAAACGCUCCAAGGCGUCACCGGCUGCGUCAACUUCGAUGUGGGGGGGCCGCCGAAGCCGGCGGUGGUAGCAGGUGAUCACAGCGCUGAGAACCGCAGCACAUGUGGCAGUGAUGCGAGCGUGUCCACGCAGAGGACACGCGUCUGCAUACCAUUUAUGGGCAGCGCUCUACUCCGGGUACCGUGCGGGCAACUUCGUGUCCGGCUGGAGAGGACAACGGUGCUGCUCGGCGCAAUUGCAUCAGGGGAGGCGGCAGUCGGGUGCGUGGUGCUGAGCUUCCCAAAGGGGCGCCUGUCGUUUGCCGAGUGUCCGUGCGACAACUACACCGCGGCGAAGAAGGUGCUCGUUAUCGAGUCGCACAAUGUAGAGGUGUACCGGCCUGGCACGCCGCGCAUCGUCGUCAUGGGUUUUCAAGGUGUCAACCACUUCGAGUUUUACACGCGACAAGUGCUGGGCUCGGCGGAGGUGGGCUUCUCACUUACACUGCAUCAGACACACCCGUGGACAGGCAACCCGCGCUUUCGCGACUUUGAAGAGAUGAUAAGCCUCAUCAAGUCUUUCACUGACAAGAAGAAUGCGGAUGUCUUUCAACAGUUCGGGCGGCUCGAGGCCGCCGCAUUGAAUUCUGACCCGUCAAGCACCACGGCGCGGCGCGACUCCGGCAGCAACAUGAUCGCCGCUGCCGCAGGCCAAGGUAUCGAUGACUCUAUCUCUGGAGCCUUGGGGCCUACCGCUUCAGCCUCUAUGAUCGGACCGGUUGCAGCGGCAGCGAUCAGCGACAAGCGCACCCUCAAGGCACUUCGCAGCUCUAAAUUCUCCCCACAACUGCGCUUUGGCGGUGACGUGUCUGUCAAUACUGAGGUGAUUCUUAACUGGCUGGGUGUGACGGAGAAGAUGUUGCCGCAUGUAGUCCACACGGCGUUGUGCGACAAGCUGGAGAAACUCCUGAGCUCCCUCUCCGACCUAGCGAGCGAGCGCGUGACGCAGCGAAGCCCUCGAAAGGGUAUGACGGUGGCAGCUGCCGCUGCUGGUGGUGGUGUUUCAGGAGCUCCUACCGACUCAUCACCACUGUUCUCGCCCAGCUCCUCCGAGGCACGGCAACCUGAAUUGUAG